UCGCCUGCCUAGCUUUGCGUCUGUCUUCAAAAGAAUAACAAAUUGUUUCAAACCGAAAAAAACAAAAUGUAUGUUUUUUUCGUUUUUUCGACUAAACUAUAAAACAAACGAUCAGAACGUACACGGAGCGAGACGGUUCACCCACCGGAACCCGGGGCCCUACUGCCAGUCGUCGCUCGUGCCCGCUCGCUUACGGGGCGGGCGCGCAAUCCCGAGACACCAGGAAAUAUGGCGGCGCUCAUGACUCUCAGUCAGUUAUCAAGUGGAAACCCAGCCUAUGAGAACUAUUACAGACAGCUGGAUCCAGGAAACACAGGCAAAAUAUCAGCUGGGGAUGCAGCUCAGUUCCUUAAGAAGUCCGGGCUGUCAGACAGCACAUUGGGGAAGAUUUGGGAUUUGGCAGAUUCAGAAAGAAAAGGCUAUUUGGAUCGACGGGGUUUCUUCAUUGCUGUUAGACUUGUGGCCUCAGCACAGGGUGGAAAUGAUAUCAGCCUUCACAAUCUCAACCAGCACUUGGCUGCGCCCAAAUUUAAAGAUACUAACAGCCCAUUAUUAAGUGUUUCAAUGAUGGGACCUGAUUUACAAUGGGCAAUUAGGCUUGAUGAAAAAGGGAAGUUUGAGGGCAUCUUUGAGAGUCUGUGCCCUGUUAAUGGUCUCCUCUCGGGUGAUAAAGUCAGGCCAGUUUUAAUAAACUCCAAGCUACCUCUGGAUGCAUUAGGAAAGAUUUGGGACCUAAGUGAUGUGGACAAAGAUGGACUGUUGGACAAGGAUGAAUUCACAGUGGCAAUGCAUCUUGUGUAUCGUGCCAUGGAAAAGGAGCCUGUCCCAACUAUCUUACCCGCUUCCCUCAUCCCUCCUUCUAAAAGGAAGAAGUCUGCAGGCUCACUGCCAGGUGCUGUGGCUGUGCUGCCUGCUCUGUCAGGGUUUUUGGCUGGCCCGGCUCCUCUCAAAGAGUCCCUGCGAAGCACUCCUCCUCUUGGCAACGCUACUACCUUCAGUACCAGUACUGUCAACCUCUCUCCAAAGCACUCCUUUAAAUCCAGCUCACCGCCAGCGGUGAACUGGGUGGUACAGGUGGCUGACAGGGAGCGAUAUGAUGAGAUCUUCCAGAAAACAGACAGCGACAGUGACGGCCUCGUUAAUGGAACUGAGGUCAUAGAGAUUUUCAUGCAGUCCAGUCUCUCCCAGACUAUGCUGGCACAGAUUUGGGGACUCGCUGACACUAAACAGAUGGGCAAGCUGAGCCGUGAGCAGUUCUCUCUGGCCAUGUACCUGAUCCAGCAGAAGGUCACUAAAGAUAUAGACCCUCCUUCCACUCUAACCCCAGAGAUGAUUCCCCCGUCAGAAAGGACUGCAACUUCAGCAGCGGGCCCUAUUUAUGCGGGGCUUAUGUCAGCUAUGAGGCCUGAACAUGCUGCAAUACCUAAUAUACGCAGAGACAGCACCAGCUCCACGGGAUCAGCCGAGCUGUCAGGCAUCAAAGAGCUGGAUGACCUCAGCCAGGAAAUAGCUCAGCUACAGAGAGAGAAAUUCAAUCUGGAGCAAGAGAUCAGAGAAAAGGAGGAAACUAUCAGACAACAAAAUAGUGAAGUUCAGGACAUGCAGAAUGGAUUGGACAGGGAGAGCAGCAGCCUGCAGGACCUUGAGUCGCAGAAGCAAGAUGCCCAGGAGCGUCUGGAGGAGAUGGACCAGCAGCGCUCCAAGCUGGAGGGAAUGCUCAAUGACGUCAAGCAGAAGUGCCAGGAAGAGUCCCAUAUGAUUUCAUCCCUGCAGAGCCAGAUCCGCUCUCAGGAGAACGACCACCAGAGCCAGGAGGAAGAAAUGAGCCGCACCAAGACGGACCUGGGCCGGCUGCAGGAUGAGGAGGCCCUUCUGGAGCAGAGCCUGCUCUCUGGUCGGGUCCAGCUGGACAGCAUCACUAAGUCUCUCAAAACCACUCAGGAAGAGAUCAACCAGGCUCGCAGUAAGCUGUCGCUGAUCCAGGACAGCCAAAGGGAGGUGACCAAGACCAUUGAGCAGUACAACAGCGCUUUGAGCGACAUCAAUGGAGGAAACUUCAGCAACCUGCCGGACUUAAGUGAAGGGUUUGCUGAGAAGGAGAACGGAGGUUUCAGAAGUACGGAUGACUCUUUCAAGUCAAAGUUAGCCAUGUUCAACAAAAGCGGUGCUAAGGAGCCUCCAGCAGACCCCUUCCAUACAGAGGACCCCUUCAAGUCCGACCCCUUCCAAGAUCCAUUUGGAGAAGAUCCUUUCAGAGAAAGUGACCCUUUCAAAGGCGCCUCAUCUGAAGAUUUCUUUAAGAGAACCGACAAGUCGAACCUGUUUGGAUCCUCAGAGCCCUUUGGUAGAAAACCCACCCCACCUGCCAAGCCAAGUGCUCUCAGCAGUGGGGACCAUUUCACCUCACACAGCCCAAAACCAGAUGGGUUUGGGACAGCGGACCCCUUCGGAAGCAACUCUUUUGGUAGCAAGGGGAGUGGAUUUGCUGACUUUAGUCAGAUGUCAAAGAAGUCGGACAACCCUGUCCUCCCGUCAAAGAGAAAUGUGCCUAACCGGCCUGCACCUCCUUAUGGAGGUACGCUCAGUUUGACUGCAUCACAGCUGUUCCAGAGUGUUUGCUCCACAGCAGACAGUAAAGACUCUUUUGUUACGGCAUCAAAAGACUGUGCCUUGGGUUUGGCAGAUGUUGGCUCUGAUCUGAAUGUAUCAAGUUUGGAAGUGACAACCAGCAGCUGGAGUGGGUCAAACGGGAGAGCGAGCGUGAGGAGCAGGAGAGGCUGCGGAGGCUGAGGCUCCAGGAGCAGCAGGACCUGGAGCUGGCGAUCGCUCUCAGCAGGGCCGACAUGCCCAGCGCCUGACCGGCUGUGCCCAUCCACAUAAUUUUUGACCUCUUCCUUCUGCCUUACAGUCCUCCGUCCGCAGGCUCAUGGCAACUGCACCAACACCGGCCCAUCAUGACUAGCAGCCCCUGUUUCCAAUUUGUUUAAGAGACCAGUGUUUCUUCAGGUAUUGGCUGGACUCGCGUCAAAUGACUCAACAUUUAACAACCGUUACAAUUCAUUGCUCCCAGACAACAUGGCAACUGUAAUCCAGGACAAUACGGAGCCACUUGAUUCAAACCCGGUUCAUCCUGCAAGAACAUAGCGAUUUAACGCAACCCAAACCAGCAGGCUACUCCACUACAACCUACAUCUAGCUCCAUGUCUUGUUCUGGCUAAUCCCUCUGCCUUAUCCAAAAGUCUUUCUGUUGCAAGAAAAAAUAACAUUUUAAAGAAUAUUUUACCGUUUCUUUUUUAAUUUAUAUACAAAAGCAAUGACUCUUUGGUGUAUGAAGUCCUCGUAAAAUGCACUGUAUGAACAGUUUUUCUUUUUCAAACUUAUUGAACCUAGAAAAAGAACUGAAUUGAAAGUCAAACCAGAUGUAUUAUCCUCUCUGGUGGCUUAUGGUUUGUCCAAUUUCAGAUGUUUUUUGUUUUUUUAAAGAAACUCCAUCUACUGUAAAUAUUGUUGGAUGGUUUUAUGUACAAUCCCUAGAAAAGGCCAUAUUUAAAAACAAGCCUGUCCAAAAUUACUGGAGCUUUGUGAUGUGAUCACCUAUAACAUGCUUUAGGUGUUUUUUUUGGGGGGGGGGGCAGGGGGUGUUUCUUGCCAUUUAUGCCUGCCUAUGGAAUAUACAUGGCCUUAAAGUAUAAGGAUGGAAGACUUUAUUAUUAUUAUUAUUAUUAUUAUUAUUAAGCUAUAAUCAACUGGCAUCUACAUGUUUAGAUUUGAUGUUUUAGGAAUCCCUAACAAGCAUUUAGGCCUAACAUAGCUUUGGUUAAAUAUAGUUUAGCCCCAUAUCAUCGGUUGCCUCUUGCAUUCACAAAUAUGACGCUAGCGAUAAUCAUUGAGGUCUUCCCUUCUUGUGAAUGAAUCCACCUGAUGUCAACAGCCUGGGCUUCUCAGGUGGUUUGUUAUUGGUUGCCUUGUUUCGCUCAAACAACUUGCUCUCCCAUACAACUAGGAGCCUCUAUAAAAUGGAAGUAGGGUAAAUCUACAUUGUUUGUACGGGUGCUGUUACAUUUAGUUGUAUUCUUCCUACUGUGUCACACUACCACUGAUGCACAAGGUCAUCUGCUUCCACUGUUGUGCUUUUCUCUCAACACUCAAAUCAACCAUUGGAUGUUUUUUUUCUGUGGAUCAUUAUUUUAUUAAUGUCUGAUACUCCAGUUGGAGGACAUUUGUUUAAAUUACUUAUAAAUAAUGCAUCCUUGUAAUAUAUGACACUAAUCAGGUUUAUUUGGCACAUAAUGUAUGCACUGUAUAUUCCAAACCUUACUGGAUAUGUACAGAGUAAAGGCGCCUUAUUUAUCAACAUUGUAAUGUUAAACAGUAAGUAUGUGAUUAUUAAAAAUCACUGUAAUGACUUUGAAUUGAAUAAAAGUGCUUUUUUUUUUUU